CUCACACUCGAGGUCACCAAAACUUGGCUGUAGGCCGGCGUGAUUGUCACAAUUGAUAUGGCUCCAACAGAGUUCUUCCUCCUCUUCAUUCCCAAGAUUAUUUAGACUGCGGCCUUGAAACAUUACCCGCAUACUGAUCAUGGACGUCCACCGUUGUCGAUUCGUCCCCUACCCUUCCCGUCCCAUCAACACACUUGCAUUCUCCCAUCCUUCAGACGUCAGCCGCGACACCCCUACAGAUCUCCGACUUGCACUGGGACGCAACAACGGCGAUCUCGAGAUUUGGAACCCGCUCGGCGGCGCAUGGUUGCAAGAGGUCGUUUUCAAAGGUGCAAAAGACACCACAAUUGAACAAGUGGCGUGGACACAGGAUAUUCUUGCAUAUACUCAUGACUCCGCCUCGCCCUUUGAUAAGGGAAAUCUCCGCUUAUUCAGUACUGGCGGCUCCGAUUCAAUUACUGAAUGGGAUUUAGCCAGCGGAACGCCCAGGCGUCUGGUGCACACCGACAGUCAAGACAUUUGGUGCUUCGCCGCUCAACCGCAGAUCUCACAUGCAGAGGCUGGAGAUGACCUCGAUGCCGGUGCUGGGUCACAGCUACUAGCAGCAGGAUGUGGCAACGGAUCUGUUAUCCUAUUCUCGACCGCUGAUGAUGACCUGCGCUACCUACGCAGCCUCCCAACGCCGGCGUCCAGCAAAGCGAAAGUUCUGAGUGUGACCUGGCGUGACCGAAAGACAAUUGUGGCAGGCUAUGACGACAGUACUAUCCGAGUUUUUGAUGUUCCAACCAGAAGCAUUGUGCGGAACAUGUCCUUGGGCAAGCCUGUUGAAGGGAACGAGACGGUAGCUUGGGCUUUAAAAUGCCUCCCCGACGGCACCAUUCUGUCUGGUGACUCUACCGGCGAACUCAAGAUCUGGAACUCCAAAAACUACUCUCUCUCGCAAAGACUUAAAACCCACCAAGCCGACAUAUUAGACAUCUCUGCUAGCUCCAAGGGAGAUAUGAUUUUCACCGUUGGGGUUGAUCGGAGAACCGUGGCUUAUAUGCCAACAGGAAACAUUACAGGGACCAAAUUCCAGAGAUGGGCUGAGCUCAGCCAUAAACGGUAUCACAAUCACGAUGUUAAAUGUUCAGCUUCAUUUGAAAGCAAAGACCUAAGCAUUUUGGUCUCGGGAGGCAUCGACGGCGUCCCAGUUGUAACGCCCAUUCGGCGAUACCAAAGCGAAAACCACAUCUCCCUUACACACCUCCCCCAAAAGCCCCAGCUAUCGACCUCAACAAGUUCCAGGGUCUUUGUGGCCUGGUGGGAUCGUGAGAUCACCGUUUAUCACCUUCCUGCCCACAGCCCUUCAGUAAACACUGCUUUACCUAGGAAUCCCACUUACCAAGUAAUGACACGACUCUCGUUGCAACACAAAGAAGCCCUCGAAGACGUCCAGAUCUCAGAAAGAGGCGACAUUCUUGUUGCCGCAACUGCCAAUCGCCUCAAACUUUUUCAACUGCGAAAAGCCUUCGCUGCUGGACGACCGACAAUUCGAACCAAACAGAUUGAGCUUCCUUCACUUAUUGGGAAGCUGGGCGGAAGACAGGCUGCCGUUUCACCUGAUGGCAGAUGGCUUUUUGUGAUUCGCAGGGACAAUACAAUUAAUCUUGUCAAGAUAGUAUAUCCCAAGGACCCAAAACAGCCACCAAUCUUGCAUGAAAACAUCACAAAACUCUAUCGUUCAGCUAGACCCCGGAAUCAGACAUGCCUAGCAUCACAUGCGGAAACAAUCACACAGGUCGCAUUCUCAAGCGAUGGCCGAAUCCUGGCAAUAGGUUGCUUGGAUGGCUCAAUCGACACAUGGGUGCUUGAAGGCCACGAGGAUACCAGCCCCAUCCCUUCCAAUGGUACUUCUUCAGGUCGGCCCUCCGACUCAUCUUCUGAAUCUUCUUCUGAUGAGGAUGACGACGACGACGACGAUGUUGCUCCCGUCACUCAUGGCCAGAAAUGGGUUCGUAAUACUUCUGGCUCCAGCCUCCCAAGGCUGGAUUCGGCCAUCAUUGUCCUAACCUUUCGUCCGUCGUCCAUGUCUACGCCGCAUAAAGCCUCUGCCAAUGGCGAGUCCAACAUUGGCCUCCAUGCAACACGAAGGAAUCCACACCCUGUCGCUCACAAGCUUCCAAAUGCAGACGUCAAGCUGUUUGCUCUCACUGCUACCCAUCAACUCUUCGAGUUUGAUGUCUUUACGAAUAGCCUUAGUGAUUGGUCACGACGGAACCCACCUGAAUAUUUACCUGAGUCGUUGAGAAAACAGACGCAUCGCGUGGUAGGCUGCUUCUGGGAUACAAAUGAUCUGGUCCAGCGUGGGGAACGCCUUUGGCUCUACGGUCACAAUUACCUCGUCAUGGUGGAUGUCAGCCGGGAUUUCCCUCAGGGGUCAGAUACAAAGUUCAAGUCGCAGGAUACCUCGGACUUGAAGAGCGGGCAGAAAGGUCGCCUUGGCCCCUAUGAUGUGCUCGAACCAGCUCUCAAUGGUACAAGCACUCCAACAACGAGGGACUACGAGUCGAUAGAUGCGGGGGAAAAUCCACUCCACAGUAUUUACCAACCAUCACCCAGCAAAAAGAGAAAGCGACAGCAUUCGACCAAUGGCGCGGGAGCAGAGAUGAAGCCCUCAGAUCGAGGCGACGGCAUGGGGAGUGGGAUGCGAAAAUUUACAAGCACGGGAGAACAUGCCGAGAUCAUCAAUAUUGACAAUCCUGGCCAUGAAAAUCGUGACAGUGAAGCAAGCCCGGUUCAGAUUGACAACUUGGUACAACUACGACGCAACGGCGGGGAUCAGAAGCCACACGGUGGAAACGACGAAGACGGCAUUGGGGGAGAUCCGUCUGGCAUACUUUCGCAUACCAGCCAUUCUGCUAGAUUGCAGGACCAGUCAUCCAGCCCUCUUUCGUUUUACACACACUCGUACAAUUCGAUCUUGGGUAUUGGCAUCUUAGGGCCUCAAGGGUCACCGAUAUUGGAACAGCCCGUCAAGAAUCUAACUGAUGAUGGAUCUGCAACACGACUAUUGCCCACACCUGGCCCCAGGCUCGAGGUCGUCAUAGUCGAACGCUCGAUCUGGGAUAUGCCACACGUUCCACGCUUCGAUGGGGGCGAUUGGGGGAGCUGAUGUGGUUUCCCAGUUUUGACAAAUGAAGACUACCAUUUAGCAGGUCGCUGCCGCAACCAUGCAGGUCCGUCAGAGGUAGAUACACAAUGAUGUAUUUGUGGUUGCUUUUAACCUGGAUUUUUCAAGGGCGCUGCUGCCUGUCUGGCCAAGGAUUGAGAUAGAUGAUAGCAAGGGAGAUGGCUAGGAUGAUAGAUGGUGCUCCAACCAAGUCUUUGCAGUCAAAGAUUAUGCCAGCAACUAUCUUCUCGUUACACAUUAUAAAAGUGGGCUGAUGGGAUUUAUCCUCAACUUUGACCCGGCUUGCUACCCGGUAUAUUCGUG